GUGGUAAAGAAUGAAGAAUUGUUGUAUAAAAGAAGACACCUAAUGAGACAGCUUCUCAAAGAGUCUUGGAAUAUCGGGGAAAAAAAUUAAAUACGAAGGAAUAAGAGGAACAAGAGGUGGGCACAAUGAAAGUGUUUUCAGUGAUUGUGAUUUUUGGAGUGUUGGGACUUUCAACAGCCCUUCCUUUUGGUCGUCCGAAUGUACAAAACAUUACUGGACCAAAUGCCGACGAAAUGGGCGAGAACUUUGAGGGGGAUAUCAAAUUUGCGGCUGAUCAAGUGAUCUCGCCCCAUACUGGAAUCCUCGAUUCUUACUGGAGAUGGGAAAAUGCUGUUAUCCCCUAUGUCUUCGCCCCUGACUUCAAUUCUGCUCAUCGGGCAACAAUUACAGCCGGAAUGGCUGAAAUUCAAGCCUCAACUUGCGUGCGUUUUGUCCCACGAACCACCGAACGUGACUACUUAACCAUUCAGAACGCCAAUUCUGGCUGUUGGUCAUAUGUUGGACGUAUUCGCAAUGCCCAGAUCCUCAAUCUGUCCAUCCAAGCAGGAUGUGUGUCCAAAGGCAUUGCAACUCAUGAGCUCAUUCAUGCUGUGGGAUUCUUCCAUGCCCAGAGUGACGUCAACCGUGAUAAAUACGUUCGCAUCAAGUGGGAAAAUAUGAUGGAUGGAAAGGAGCAUAACUUUGAAGUGUACACCAACAGCUACGUCACUGACUACGGAGAGGGCUACGACUACGGUAGCAUCAUGCACUACGGACCAUAUGCCUUCUCCAAGAACUACCUUCCUACCAUUGAAGCUAUUUACAAUACUGGUGAGGUCAUGGGACAGCGUGAUAGAAUGAGCCAGAAGGAUAUCAACAAAAUCCGCAAAAUGUACAACUGCUAGGAGUAGUAGUCAAUCAAUCCGUAGCACAUUUACGUGAGACAAUAAAAAGAGAUUGCAUGCAAAAGGAAGGACUAGCAUUUCAUAAUUCAACAGAUGGUUCUCUUGCUUGCUGCCUAUUUGAAGACUUACAAUUUUUUUUUACAAUUAUAGUGGUUAAAUUUAAUAUAACUGAAACAAAAUCAUAGAAUCACCUGUAAAGUGAUUUAUUUCAAGACAAUAAACAAGAUAUUGAAGUUAGUUAAAUUCGAUAAAUUCUAAAAA